UUGUUUCAUUAAUUUAUGGGUUUGGAAGUGUCUUUUUUUUGUUGUGAUUUUCUGCUUCAAUUUUGCUUUUUUCUUUUUAUUUUUUUUGUUUCUUGUUUCAGUGUGCAAUGAACUUUGAAAGGGUCUUUUGGUUUUUGAAAAAAAAAAAAAGAAAAAAACUAACGUAAUUGAUGGUGGAGGAUGAGGAGUGGUGAUAUUUUUUGCUUUACUUGUGAUUAUAAUUUGAGAGAUUAGAACUUAAAAAAAGUGGGAAGGAUUAGUUUACUGGUCUUAACUCUUAAGUUAUUGUAACCAUCAUGAUUACUUUCUUAGUUUCUUUAGCUCUUCUUUGGUUGCUAAGAGAAGAAAGAGCUCCAGUAGAAUUUACAGCAUGUUGAGUCUUACUGUCACUUUUUCUUUGUAAAUGAAGGAAGCCUAUUUGGUUUGUUUCAUAAUUCAAAGUUAAGUUCUAAUUUCGUAGUUGAUCUUCCUUCCUGUUGCUUUAGCUAUGACAAAAGUAUGUGGUGAAUUUUCGACUUGAUUGAGAUGUACUCUGGUAUGGAAUUUUCAGUCAACUUUCUUUGGUUGGAGGGAAGAUUAAGGAAAAACAAGGAUAUUGUAUUUUGACUAUUUUCUAUUUUUUUAUUUACUAUUAUAAUAACUGAAACUGACCACAAUCUUAAUUUGAAUGAAGAUAUUGGCUUGAGUUCGUAAUUUUUUAUUCGGAUUGUAUUGUUUUGACGAAGAUGCUUCAAUGAUUGUACCUUUAACUUACCCGAUUUUCGUUCGGUCUUUCUUCUUUUAUGUUUUUUACGUUUGGCCCAUUGUGAUUGAUCAGUAAUUUCUUAGUUAGAAAAUUUUAAUUGAUGCAUAUCUACUCAGUGACUAAUAUAUGGCAGACGCUAUUAAAAUGCCUCAAGAAAUUUAAUAGCUGCUCUUUCUUUCUAGGACCUUCUUUCUGGUUCUGGUCCUUUAUUUUGCUGUUCUAUUCCACAUUCUAAUCUUUAUCAAGAUAUGGAAUGUGAGUAUAAACGUCUUCUGCUUGAAUGUUCCAUUACCUUGCAGGCUUCUCCCGUGUGGGAUCCAAAGAGUCGAUCAUGCCUCUGCAGUCUAUUUGUUGUAGCUGCUUUAUUUUGUGGUGCUUACUUCAUUAGUAGUGGAUUUAUUGCUAAGGAAUACAAAGAUAGAUUAUCAAGGUGGGAGGUGAUUAAUAUGCUUCAGAAUUCAAAAUUCAAUGUGUGCAAGAUUCGAUGCAGACCUCCUGGAACUGAGGCAUUACCUCAAGGAAUAGUGGUCAAAAUGUCAAACUUGGAAAUGCGACCUUUAUGGAGUGAUGCUGUGAAAAAUGGCAAUCCAGAGCCAUCUGCAAACUUGUUAGCCAUCGCUGUUGGAAUAAAGCAAAAGGAAAUUGUGGAUCGAAUUGUUAAAAAGUUUCCUUCAAGAGAUUUUGUUGUGAUGCUUUUCCACUAUGAUGGUAUUGUGGAUGAAUGGAGAGAUUUGGAAUGGAGUGACCGUGCCAUACAUGUGUCUGCAGUGAAUCAAACAAAAUGGUGGUUUGCCAAACGUUUCUUGCAUCCAGACAUAGUUGCUGAAUACAAGUAUAUAUUCCUCUGGGAUGAGGACCUUGGAGUAGAUAACUUUGAUCCAAGGCAAUAUUUGUCGAUUAUUGAAGAUGAGGGACUAGAGAUAUCACAACCAGCACUUGAUCCUGAUAAGUCAGAGGUCCAUCAUCAAAUCACAGCACGCAGAAAGAAUUCAAGAUUGCACAGAAGGAUAUACAAGUUUAAAGGCAGUGGAAGGUGUGAUGCUCGCAGCACUGCUCCUCCAUGUAUCGGUUGGGUGGAAAUGAUGGCCCCUGUAUUCUCAAGAGCUGCCUGGCGCUGUGCGUGGCAUAUGAUCCAGAAUGAUUUGAUCCAUGCUUGGGGCCUUGAUAUGCAGCUUGGUUAUUGUGCACAAGGUGAUCGUAUGAAAAAUGUUGGUGUGAUUGAUGCUCAGUACAUAGUUCAUUUGGGACUUCCUACACUUGGUAUUAUGGCUGAAAAUGAGUUAAAUUCUACACAAGUUAAUAUUACUCAGAGGGAGCACUUCUCUAAAUCAGAAGCGAUGGCACCAUCUGAAUCCCAUAAAGUUGACAAUAGACCCGAAGUAAGAAGACAGUCCUUCAUUGAAAUGCAAAUUUUCCGAAAAAGAUGGGAAAAUGCUGUGAAGGAGGACAGAUGUUGGGUUGAUCCAUACCAGCAAUCAGUUAACAAAAGCACUCGCUGAUUUAUUCAUUGGGCCUUUGUCAAUACUUAGCCCCUUUCAUACACAUCCAUGUCAUUUUUUUUUUCUCCGAGGUGAAGGAUUGUGAAUGUUUGAGAGACAACUUUGUUCAGAGAUAAAGCUUCAUUAUAUGAAAUCACUGACUUUGGAACCAUAGCAACUAAAGGAGCAAGUAAAGGAGCUUUUUUUUUGUUAUUCGAUUCCAGAGAUCAUCCAUUGAGGUUUUUUUUUCUUUUUCAAUGUGUAAUAGAUCAUUGAUGCUUGUAAUCUUGGUUUUGAUUGUUAUUCAUUAUUAUUCAUUUAAUGACAAUGUAAAUAUGUUUGUUGUUGCGCAAUAUUGUAAUGUUUCGUCAUAUGAUACAUCACUGCCGGUUACUCAAUUAGCCCUCUAUCUCUGUUUCUCUCUC